AUGACCCCGCGGGCCGCCAUUAGCUCGUCGACGGACACGCAGCGACAGUUCCUAGACAUUGAACUCGCGUACAUUCUGACCGUGGGAGCGGAUCUGGAUACCGCCUGCGACGUGAUGCUGGACAUCAUCCCGAUGCUCGAGGAUUACCAGCAGUACAAGGACUCGGACUUUGAGGCUGACAUCCGCAUGCUCGUACACCAAAGCCAGGCAGGCGGUAUCAUCGGCCGCGCCGGCUACAAGAUCAAGGAGCUGAGAGAGAGCACGGGAGCGAACAUCAAGGUCUACAGCCAGGUGUGUCCCGCGUCCACCGACCGAGUCGUACAGAUGCUGGGCAAGCCCAAAGUCAUCGUCGACUGCAUCAAGCAGAUCCACGAGCUGUUGCAGCAGGCACCGCCCAAAGGCCCCAGCUCGCCUUACAACCCGGACAAUUUCGACGAGUACUACGCCCACGAGUAUGGUGGCUACACGUCCGAGGAGGGGCUCAGGAGUGGCGCCAGGGGGCGUGGCGGAAGGGGUGGCGGCGGCGGCGGCGGAGGCGGUCGCGGGGGAGGCAUGGGCUUCAGCAGGGGAGGGCUCGGCGGGGAUCGUGGCCGCGGCGGGCCGCGCGGUGGCUUCAUCGACCGUGGACGCGGCGGCAUGGGAGGAUACGGAGGCAGAGGAGGCCGCGGCACCGGCGCCGGCGGAGGAUUCGGGGGUUCGAUGAACGGCAGCGGAUACGGCGGUGGCCGUGGUGGAGGCAUGGGCGGAGGCAGAGGAGGCGGAAUGAGCGGCGGCAUGGGGGGUGGCAUGGGCGGUGGCAUGGGCGGAGGCAUGGGCGGAGGAAUGGGAGGCGGCAUGGGACAGUCCAGCCAGCUUAUCUUUCAGCUCGGUGGCUUCCAAGGACAGAUGUUUGACCAGGGAUCGAUGAACACCGAGGGCGGAGGCAACAGCACACAGGUCACCAUUCCGAAAGACUACGCCGGCGCCAUCAUCGGCAAGGGAGGCGCGCGCAUCCGACAGAUUCGCGCGCAGUCGCGUGCUCAGAUCGAGAUCGCCGAAGCCCUGCCCGGCUCCAACGACCGCAUCAUCACGAUCACGGGAGCGCCCGACGCCGUGCAGAACGCACAGUACCUGCUGCAGAUGAGCGUCAAGCAGCACAUGACGGGCCAGGGCAGUGACGAUAUCUACUAGACCUCGCCACCACGACGCAGAGUGGGGCGUCUUCCACGCCUCACAUGCGGGAGGAGGGAGAGCAGCUCGCUCACACCAUCACCGAGGAGGAGGAAGAAGAGGAGGAGGAGGAAGCGGGGGGGGGGGAUGGGAAAAUUUGCUUCGAGCUGGUUUUCAUAACUCGUGUUUUUAAUUAUGCUAUUGCUGAAUGUGCAUGUACAUUUGAGCCAGUAAAUGUGCAGUGUGCGGGCGGGGCGGGGGGGGGGAGUCACUAUGUAUUCAGUGUUGUGUUCGCAUUGUCUGUGUCAAUGGGAGGGUUGCAAGUGGAGAGGUGGAGAGUGUGGUCACGCGGGCCUCCUCCGUCGACGCCAUCUAGGGGUCAUUUCGUCGGGUUGGUGCGAUUUGCGAAGAAUGGAUUAUACUUCUGCUGGCAGUACGAGGUUUUGAGGCUUCGUCGUUGUGCAGAGAAGUCGCUUUACCUUGUCCCCCUGCCUCUGCUCCUGUCUUCACCCCCCCCUUCCCACAUUUACUUCCACCCUCUACCCCCGUCGUGCUCCUCCCCUUUAUGCUCCCCUCUGCCCUCUCUUCGGUCAACUAGACUCAACACCUUCUUUCAUUGUCAUUCAGUGCUUCCAAGUUCCUAUCAGCAGCGUAUCUAGAUGUUCGGAUUUAUCGGUUAGCGUGUAAAGCGGGUGGGCGCAGGGAUUGCUGGUGGGCCGACGGUCGUUAAGGUUUGCGCUGCGGUUACCGUCUGCAUGAAACAUAAUAAUUAUCCGUGCGCGAUGAUGUCAUCAACAAUGUGGCGCGUGCGUGAUGAUGUCAUCGAUGACGUCAUCACUGGGGGUUGUUGUCGUUGCUGUUGUUGUUGUUGUUGUUUGUGUGGACGUCGCCGCGAUAACUCGUUCAUUCUAAACUGUUCCGUCUUCCGUCUGUGUUUAUCGCAGGCGUUUGCAAAGGUACGCGUUAAAUAUAUUUCAAUGUGUGUGUAUACAUCAGUCUUAUGGAUAGUAUUACUAUUAUAAAGGGAAUAAAGACCAGUAUUCCGGUAGAUGGGUGGCGAGGGAGAAUGCGCGCGAGCGUGGCAGAAAGAAGGAAGAAAUCGCGUUUGUAUCAUGCCUGGUAGAAAUAUAGAUGUACGCUAACACUAGUAUUUUUGAUUAAUUUUCCAUGUAUUUACAUGAUGCGGCCUCUAUAGCGCCGAUGACUAUGUUGUGCCGUAACUGGGCCAUGUCUGCCUGUGGGAUCAUUCUUUAUUAAAAUUAUUUUGUAAUAGCUAGUGAAAUGCUCGACAAAUUCGCCGAUGGGAUGGAUGUGCGAACGGCGUUCUAGCAUAUGUAAUAAUCGACGUUGUUCAUAUUAUGUUCCUUUUAAACGUUUCCAUUGGACGAAUUCGAGAAGUGUAACCUGAACCCCACCCCGUCCCUCCCUACCGCUCGCUCGUAAUUAGUUCAAUCAGAGUUCGCUGGAUCCGGAUUCGGAAUAUUCCGGUGACGAUCAACAGCUACUGUAAACGCGACAUUUUUAUCAUCAGUUCUUUUACAUUGAUUGCGUGUUGUUGCUAGUGACUAAUAUUGACGUGUAAACUACUUUUCACAAGCCGUGCGCGUAUACCGGCGUGUCGUCAUUUGCUGCAACGUACGUGUGCGUCCGUGUGUGCGUGCGUGCGUGUGCGCGCAUGCGUGUACGUGCAUGCGUCCGCGCGUCCGUGCGUGCGUGUGUGUGUGUCAUUAACAACUGGAGUCGCUUGUCGUGUCAUAUUUCCUUUUGAACGUAGUGCGUCGUCAACACGUAACAAGUAACGCCUCUAUGUAUAGAUAUCGCGAUGUAAAUACUGGCUCGAUAGACGCACGUCAAUCGCUCAACCACCCACCCGCUGCGCGCGCGAGCAGCGAGUAUUCACCCGCACGUCGGCUUGACGACAGGUGGCGCUGACGUGCCCGCGCGUCGAUAACCGGUGCUGCACGGCGUCGAUUGCUAUUGAUAGUCGGCGAGCGUGCUCAUUAAAAUGCGAGCGCACCAUGCCCAUGCCCGUGGCAGCGGCGGCGCAGAUCGCCUGGGAACACGCGCAGGUUGGGGUCGUGUUUUGGUCGGCGAGAGAAAAGGAGAGUGGAGAGGUGAAUUGAGUGCGCGUGCGUGCGUGAGCUGUGGUCGUGCAGUGGGAUGUCUGUAGAGACAUGUAUUGCGAUUAUUUGCGGUAUUAGUGGAGCGACUUGCAGGCGUCGCGUUGCUUAGUUACGAGCGCUGUUAGCGCGCGCGGCGCUCCCUGGUGGCGGAGACGCGACGUCACUGGCAUAGACGGCUGAAUACAUGGAUGUCAAUUUUAGAAUAAAUAAAAAGUACUUUUUUCUAUUUAA